GGCGGGGCGCCCGGCUGGCGUCACCAGGACAACGGGCGUCGCCGGCGCCGUGUGACUCCGGGCUGUGGGCGCGCUCGCUGCUCUUCGGCCAUGGUUUUCUCAAAUAAUGAUGAAGGUCUUAUUAACAAAAAGUUACCCAAAGAACUUCUCCUGAGAAUAUUUUCCUUCUUGGAUAUAGUAACUUUGUGCCGAUGUGCACAGAUUUCCAAGGCUUGGAACAUCUUAGCCCUGGAUGGAAGCAACUGGCAAAGAAUAGAUCUUUUUAACUUUCAAACCGAUGUGGAGGGUCGAGUAGUGGAAAAUAUCUCAAAGCGAUGCGGUGGAUUCCUGAGGAAGCUUAGCCUGCGAGGCUGCAUUGGCGUUGGGGAUUCCUCCUUGAAGACCUUUGCGCAGAACUGCCGAAACAUUGAACAUUUAAACCUCAACGGAUGCACAAAAAUCACAGACAGCACGUGUUAUAGCCUUAGCAGAUUCUGUUCCAAGCUGAAACAUCUGGAUCUGACCUCCUGUGUGUCCAUUACAAACAGCUCCUUAAAGGGGAUCAGCGAGGGCUGCCGAAACUUGGAGUACUUGAACCUGUCCUGGUGUGACCAGAUCACUAAGGAUGGCAUCGAGGCCCUGGUGCGAGGCUGCCAAGGCCUGAAAGCCCUGCUCCUGAGGGGCUGCACGCAGUUAGAAGAUGAAGCUCUGAAACACAUUCAGAAUUACUGCCAUGAGCUUGUGAGCCUCAACCUACAGUCCUGCUCACGCAUCACAGACGAAGGCGUGGUGCAGAUAUGCAGGGGCUGCCACCGGCUGCAGGCCCUCUGCCUGUCAGGGUGCAGCAACCUCACGGAUGCCUCUCUCACAGCCCUGGGUCUGAACUGCCCGAGACUGCAAAUCUUAGAGGCUGCCCGGUGCUCACAUUUGACCGACGCGGGCUUUACACUUUUAGCUCGGAAUUGCCACGACCUGGAGAAGAUGGAUCUGGAAGAGUGCAUCCUGAUAACCGACAGCACGCUCACCCAGCUCUCCAUUCACUGCCCCAAACUGCAAGCCCUGAGCUUGUCCCACUGUGAGCUCAUCACCGAUGACGGGAUCCUGCACCUGAGCAACAGCACCUGUGGCCAUGAGCGGCUGCAGGUCCUGGAGCUGGACAACUGUCUCCUCAUCACCGAUGUGGCUCUGGGGCACCUAGAGAACUGCCGUGGCCUGGAGCGCCUGGAGCUGUACGACUGCCAGCAGGUCACCCGCGCAGGCAUUAAGAGGAUGCGGGCUCAGCUCCCUCACGUCAAAGUCCAUGCCUACUUCGCUCCUGUCACCCCCCCAACAGCCGUGGCAGGAAGUGGACAGCGACUGUGCAGGUGCUGCGUCAUCCUCUGACAGCAGCUGCCCGGCCCAGUGGUGAUGAGGGGUCUCCAAAGACGACCCAAUCUCCCUGACCUCCACUACCAUCACCCAGAUGUGUUGACUCUCCAUUGGGAAAGGCAUUUACAGGUAAAGACUUCUGCGUGGACUGCAGAAACUCUGGUGAUCGCUCCACCUUUACUCCGCUGUGAUGCAAUCGAAGCAAGCCUUGUGUCAGUUUGGUAGCAAGAGUGGUUCUCAGUGCAGCCAAGACCACGCAAGAAGCCCGGAUCUCUUACGAGGUGGGUGCCUACCUAGGUACAAAAGUCCUACCCUUGGCUCCGUCAGCACUCCUGACACACCAUCAGUGUUAGCACAAAUUAAGCAGGAAAAAUAAGCUGUCGAUUUUCUACCUGAUACUUAAGCCAGUGGCCUACUUUAAUUCACAAUGAUUCCAUUUUGAUUAGCAGGACUUUUCCACUUUGAGGAUUAAACUUUGUCAGAGUGUGACUAUACGGCAUACUCAUCGUGCCAGGUGGUUUUAUACGUAGAGACUUCAGUGGAAGGCAUGUUCUUAGGUUCCAUGAGACACCAAAGAAAUGACUCUAAGUCGGGUGGAGCAAGGUCUUCGCCUCUGUUUCUGUCAACGUGUCAUAUCCACUCCAGGGACCAAAACCUCAACAAAAGCCACUCAGAGUUGAUUGGAACGAUAAGCUCUGGUGUACGUAAGCUACAGCACACAAUGCGUUUUUGUUAAAGGCGGCUAAUUCUGUCCACAUCUCUCUCAAAAUCUGGAGGACUUGAAAGAAAUAGAAUUAAGGCUUAAGUUAUCUAUAGUAUAAUCAAUUAAAAAUAAUGAAUGGAUGCACGUAGAAUGAGUGUGUUUUUUUUUUCUUCCAAGUUUAUUUUCAAAUCUUAGAAAUCAGGUUACACCAGGACUAUUCAAAAAUUUUACACACUUGAAACUCAGAUCAGUGAAGUGUUGGCACCUUUUAGACUCAUAAAAAUUAAUAAACCAUUGCAAUGCUUGAAGAAAUUAAGUCAGAGGGUUUUAUUGCUGUGAUUUUUAUGGCAAACUUGAACAAAAACCAUUAUCAAAAUUCAGAUCUUCCUAAUGUUGCCUGAAAUCUGGGAAGAUGACCCGUUACUGCCGUGGCCGGUUGUGGCUGGUCGUGGCUCUGUGCUGUCCACAGUGACCUUUAUUGCUGAUUAGGAACCGUCACCACCUCCUUUGUGAGUUGGGGUGUUAAUGGUAGCUAAACCCUUCCUGGUGGCCACGACCCUAACUGGAGGGCCAGAACCCCAUGAGAAACCAAAAUAAUACAGCAAAAAUGAGAUGUUUUCUUCUGGUGACACCUCUUUUAGUUGAACCACUUCAGAAGCGUUUUCGAGGACACGGCCUCGGCCAGGUAUCUAUGCAGAUACCAGUACCCUCCAGAAACUGACUUAGCAAGACGACCAGAGUAAGCAUUCCAGUCCUGAUUCGCUGCCUUCUGAUACCCAGUAUUCCUGGCCCCAGACGUGGUGCUACCACCCUCGAGAGAGGACGCUGAUGCGGGAAGCCACUUGAACGAAACAGACGCACACACACAACUGCUUUGGCACUCGUGCAUCAUGGCUUCUAUUAAAGACAUUUCAAAUGCCCAGAGCCUUCUACACAUGGCCAGAACCUAUCACAGCCAUGACUUGCUGCUUAGUGACC